AUUUUUGGUCCAUGAGAUUUGAAGCCAAGCAUUCAUUUAUGAAGCAAUGUGUGACAAAAUGUUUUAAAAAUGUUUCCAAGACGCUGGCAAAUCGUCACCAACGGUAUAUGUGUUGGAAUUUGUUAAAAAUGCCAGGGCAGAUAUUUACAAAUUUUCUAUAUGAUGGUGAUAUAGUUCCUCCCGGUAAUCACAAUGUUAAUCUGAAGGAACAUCUCCAAAUCAACAUGAUUCGAGAGUCUGCUAAGAUACCUGAAACUGAUGGUCCAAUAGUAGGAAGCAGGUUCACUGAGGGGACAGGACAAAGGAAACUAGCACCACCAGUUGGGUCGAAAAAACUGAAGAAAUCUGGAAAACAUGCGGUGAAAUAAGUAUAAUAUUAAAUAUAUUUUUUUGAGUUUAUUACAGCUUGGGGUCUGUGACAAUUCAUGGAGUGGAAUUCAGGAUUGGUUGCGCCUUGCGGCUUCUUGACAUAGAUGAAGAUUGUGGAAGAGAUUACCCCCUGUAUGCUCUAUUGGAUGAACUAAUCAUGAUAUGAAGUUGGUAGAAGCUAUGAGAAAAGAGUUGUGUCUCCCAACCAACUUCCAUGGCAUAGGGUUUUAAAUUUAAUAAAA